AUGUUCUGGGUCAGGUUCUUGGUUCUGGCCCUCCUGUCUCUGGCUGGUGUGACCCAGACCUCCUCUAGCCCGACCCAGGCCUCUGAGCCCCCUAACCCCACUGAGGAGCAGCCUCCCCUGAAUACGGGAAGCCUCUCAUUCCCUUGGAGCCGCCUCCGUCUUCCGGGGUACAUUGUUCCGCUCCACUACCACCCCCUGCUCCACCCUAACCUCACCAUUCUCAGGUACAGCGGUACCGUCAGGAUAGAGUUCCAGGUUCAGAACAAUACCAACUGGGUGGUGCUGCACAGCAAGGGGCUUCGUAUCACUAUGGCAACCGUGCUGGAUUAGAACCUGGCUCACCUGUCAGACCAGGUAAGCUACUCCCUCAGCACUAAACUAUCAUGCCCAGUUUCUGCCUUCUCUGACAUGUCCGUCUAAUUACUACCGCGUGUGUUCCUGUUUGUGUGUGUCCUCAGGUUCUCCCUGUUCUCCACAACCCUACCCAUGAGCAGGUUGCCAUAUUCUCACCCAGAGUGCUCAGCGGUGGGCAGAAGUACUUCCUGUUUCUGGAGUUUGGGGCGGAUCUAGGAGAGGGCUUCUACGGCGUCUACAGAGGCACCUACAGAACCAGCACCGGAGAGACACGGUACGGAAUGUGUGUGUUUGUGUGCAUGUGUGUGUGUGUAUGUGUGUGACGUAUACUCUAUGUAUACGGGCUAUGUGUAGGUUAUGUAGGGGAGAAAGGCUGACACUCCUCAUCCAAACGCAGAAACUACUGGUAUGAGGAGAGACAUCACAUGAAACUCCUUGUAUUUUCUCUCUCUCUCCCGCCAUUCCACCAUCCCCCCUAUCUCUCCCCUACCUCUAUCUCUCCAGGACCCUGGCCUCCACUCAUUUUGAGCCCACCAGUGCUCGGAUGGCGUUUCCCUGUUUUGAUGAGCCUAGCUUCAAGGCUAACUACUCUAUCAGUAUCAAGAGGAGCCCAGCACACACCGCCCUGUCCAACAUGCCUGUAGUGAGUAAACGCACACACCAUGGUGGAGAUGUGAGACAACAUGGUGGCAGGUAGAUCAUAUUAUGUGAGUGUACAGUGCCUUCAGAAAAUAUUCACACCCCUUGACUUUUCCAACAUUUAGUUGUGUUACAGCCUGAAUUUAAAUUGAUUAAAUGGAGAUUUUCCCCUGGCCUACACACAAUACCCCAUAAUGUCAAAGUGGAAUUACGUUUUUUUUUUUUUUCAAAAUUAUCACAAAUGUAUUAAAAAUGAAAAGCUGAAAUGUCUUCAGUCAAUAAGUAUUCAACCCCUUUUUUAAGGCAAGCCUAAAUAAGUUCAGGUGUAAAAAUGUGCUUAACAAGUCAUAUAAUAAUUUGCAUGGACUCUGUGUUCAAUAAUACUGUUUAAUAUGAUUUUCUAAUGGCUACUUCAUCUAUAAUUAUCUGUAAGGUCCCUCAGUCGAGCAGUGAAUUUCAAACACAGAUUCAACCACAAAGACCAGGAAGGUUUUCCAAUGCCUCGCGAAGAAGGGCACCUAUUUAUAUAUGAGUAAAAAAAAAGCAGACAUUGAAUAUCCAUUUGAGCAUGGUGAAGUUAGUCAUUACACUUUGGAUGGUGUAUCAAUACACACAGUCACUACAAAGAUACAGGUGUCCUUCCUAACUCAGUUCCCGGAGAGGAAGGAAACAACUCAGGGAUUUCACCAUGAGGCCAAUGGUGACUUUAAAACAGUUAAAGAGUUUAAUGGCUGUGAUAUAAGAAACACUGAGGAUGGAUCAACAACAUUGUAGUUACUCCACAAUACUAACCUAAUUGACAGAGUGAAAAGAAGGAAGUCUGUACAGAAUAGAAGUAGAAGGAUGACUGUUAUACUAUUCCAGGUAUUCCUUAAAGAGGUAGGGUUUCAAGUGUCUCCGGAAGGUGGUCAGUGACUCCGCUGUCCUGGCGUCGUGGGGGAGCUUGUUCCACCAUUUGGGUGCCAGAGCAGCAAAUAGCUUUGACUGGGCUGAUCGGGAACUGUGCUUCCGUAGAGGUAGGGGGGCUAGCAGGCCAGAGGUGGAUGAACGUAGUGCCCUCGUUUGGGUGUAGGGUCUGAUCAGAGCCUGAAAGUAAGGAGGUGCCGUUCCCAUCACAGCUCCGUAGGCAAGCACCAUGGACUUGUAGCAGAUGCGAGCUUCAACUGGAAGCCAAGCCAGUGGAGUGUGCAGAGGAGCGGGGUGACAUGAGAGAACUUGGGAAGGUUGAACACCAGACGGGCUGCAGCGUUCUGGAUAAGUUGUAGGGGUUUAAAGGCACAGGCAGGGAGCCCAGCCAACAGCAAGUUGCAGUAAUCCAGACGGGAGAUGACAAGUGCCUGGAAUAGAACCUGUGCCACUUUCUGUGUAAGGUAGGGUCGUACUCUGCGAAUGUUGUAGAGCAUGAACCUGCAGGAUCGGGUCACAGCUUUGAUGUUAGUGGAGAACGACAGGGUGUUGUCCAGGGUCACACCAAGGUUCUUUGCACUCUGGGAGGAGGACACAAUGGAGUUGUCAACCGUGAUGUCGAGAUCAUGGAGUGGGCAGUCCUUCCCCGGGAGGAAGAGCUGCUCCGUCUUGCCGAGGUUCAGCUUGAGGUGGUGAUCCGACACCCACACUGAUAUGUCUGCCAGAUAUACAGAGAUGAGAUUCGCCACCUGGUUAUCAGAAGGGGGAAAGGAGAAAAUUAAUUGUGUGUCGUCUGCGUAGCAAUGAUAGGAGAGACCAUGUGAGGAUAUGACAGAGCCAAGUGACUUGGUGUAUAGAGAGAACAGGAGAGGGCCUAGAACUGAGCCCUGGGGGACACCAGUGGUGAGAGCACGUGGUGCGGAGACAGAUUCUCGCCACACCACCUGGUAGGAGCGACUUGUCAGGUAGGACGCAAUCCAAGAGUGAGCAGCGCCGGAGAUGCCCAACUCGGAGAGGGUGGAGAGGAGGAUCUGAUGGUUCACAGUAUCAGAGGCAGCAGAUAGGUCUAGAAGGAUAAGAGCAGAGGAAAGAGAGUUAGCUUUAGCAGUGCGGAGAGCCUCCGUGACACAGAGAAGAGCAGUCUCAGUUGAAUGACCAGUCUUGAAAGCUGACUGGUUUGGACCAAGAAGGUCAUUCUGAGAGAGAUAUCAGGAGAGUUGGCUGGAGACGGCUCAAGAGUUUUGGAGAGAAAAGAAAGAAGGGAUACUGGUCUGUAGUUGUUGACAUCGGCGGGAUCGAGUGUAGGUUUUUUGAGGAGGGGUGCAACUCUUGCUCUCUUGAAGACGGAAGGGACAUAGUCAGCGGUCAAGGAUGAGUGAGGUGAGGUAAGGGAGAAGGUCUCCGGAAAUGGUCUGGAGAAGAGAAGCGGGGAUAGGGUCAAGCGGGCAGGUUGUUGGGCGACCGGCUAUCACAAGUCGCAAGAUAUCAUCUGGAGAGAGAGGGGAGAAAGAAGUCAAAGCAUAGGGUAGGGCAGUGUGAGCAGGACCAGCGGUGUCAUUUGACUUAAUAAAUGAGGAUCGGAUGUUGUCAACCUUCUUUCAAAAUGGUUGACGAAGUCAUCCACAGAGAGGGAGGAGGGAGGGGGAGGAGGAGGAGGAUUCAGCAGGGAGGAGAAGGUGGCAAAGAGCUUCCUAGGGUUAGAGGCAGAGGCUUGAAAUUUAGAGUGGUAGAAAGUGGUUUUAGCAGCAGAAACAGAGGAAGAAAAUGUAGAGAGGAGGGAGUGAAAAGAUGACAGGUCCGCAGGGAGUCUAGAUUUCCUCCAUUUCCGCUCGGCUGCCCGGAGCCCUGUUCUGUGAGCUCGCAAUGACUUGUCAAGCCACGGAGCAGGAGGGGAGGACCGAGCCGGCCGGGAGGAUAUUUUACAUUUCAGUCAUUUAGCAGACGCUCUUAUCCAGAGCGACUUACAGUUAUUGAGUGCAUACAUUAUUUUUAUUUAUUUAUUAUACUGGCCCCCGUGGGAAUCGAACCCACAACCCUGGCGUUGCAAGCACCAUGCUCUACCAACUGCGCUACACUGGACAUAGAGAGUCAAAAGAUGCAGAAAGGGAGGAGAGGAGGGUUGAGGAUGCAGAAUCAGGAGACCGGAGGGAGAAGGAUUUAGCAGAGGGAAGAGAUGAUAGGAUGGAAGAGGAGAGAGUAGCGGGAGAAAGAGAGCGAAGGUUGCGAUGGCACAUUACCAUCUGAGUAGGGGCAGAGUGAGUAGUGUUGAAGGAGAGCGAGAGAGAAAAGGAUACAAAGUAGUGGUCGGAGACUUGGAGGGGAGUUGCAGUGAGAUUAGUAGAAGAACAGCAUCUAGUAAAGAUGAGGUCAAGCGUAUUGCCUGCCUUGUGAGUAGGGAGGGACGGUGAGAGGGUGAGGUCAAAAGAGGAAAGGAGUGGAAAGAAGGAGGCAGAGAGAAAUGAGUCAAAGGCAGACGUAGGGAGGUUAAAGUCACCCAGAACUGUGAGGGGUGAGCCAUCCUCAGGAAAGGAACUUAUCAAGGCGUCAAGCUCAUUGAUGAACUCUCAACUCUCCAAGGGAACCUGGAGGGCGAUAAAUGACAAGGAUGUUAAGCUUGAAUGGGCUAGUGACUGUGACAGCAUGGAAUUCAAAUGAGGAGAUAGACAGAUGGGUCAGGGGAAAAAGAGAGAAUGUCCACUUGGGAGAGAUGAGGAUUCCUGUGCCACCACCCCGCUGACCAGAUGCUCUCGGGGUAUGCGAGAACACAUGGCCAGACGAGGAGAGAGCAGUAGGAGUAGCAGUGUUUUCAGUGGUAAUCCAUGUUUCCGUCAGCGCCAAGAAGUCGAGGGACUGGAGGGUAGCAUAGGCUGAGAUGAACUCUGCCUUGUUGGCCGCAGAACUGCAGUUCCAGAGGCUGCCGGAGACCUGGAAGUCCACGUGGGUCGUGCGUGCAGGGACCACCAGAUUAGAGUGGCAGCAGCCACGCGUUGUGAAGCGUUUGUAUGGCCUGUGCAGAGAGGAGAGAACAGGGAUAGACAGACACAUAGUUGACAGGCUACAGAAAAGGCUACAAUAAUGCAAAAGAGAUUGGAAUAAAAUUAACUAAACAUCUGGGGAAGCGAGAGAGCGGGGCCUCCCUCACUUACCUUUCACUGAAACACUCAAAUAUAACUCUCCCAACUUCCACUUUAGAAAUCAGCUUGAAAGUCAAUGGCAAGACUUGAAAAUGGUUGUCUAGCAAUGAUCAACAACCAAUUUGACAGAGCUUGAAGAAAUUAGAAAAGAAUAAUAGGCAAAUGUUGUACAAUACAGGUGUGGAAAGAUCUUAGAGACUUACCCAGAAAGACAGCUGUAAUCACUGCCAAAUGUGAUUCUAACAUGUAUUGACUCAGCGGUGUGAAUACUUUCAGUGGCUUGCGAAAGUAUUAACCCCACUUGGCAUUUUUCCUAUUUUGUUGCCUUACAACCUGGAAUUAAAAUUGAUUUUUGGGGGGGUUUGUAUCAUUUGAUUGACACAACAUGCCUACCACUUUGAAGAUACAAAAUAUUUUUUACUGUGAAACAAACAAGAAAUAAGACUAAAAAACUGAAACCUUGAGCGUGCAUAACUAUUCACCCCCCCAAAGUCAAUACAUUGUAGAGCCACCUUUUGCAGCAAUUACAGCUGCAAGUCGCUUGGGGUAUGUCUCAAUAAGCUUGGCACAUCUAGCCACUGGGAUUUUUGCCCAUUCUUCAAGGCAAAACUGCUCCAGCUCCUUCAAGUUGGAUGGGUUCCACUGGUGUACAAUCUUUAAGUCAUACCACAGAUUCUCAAUUGGAUUGAGGUCUGGGCUUUGACUAGGCCAUUUCAAGACAUUUAAAUGUUUCCCCUUAAACCACUCAAGUGUUGCUUUAGCAGUAUGCUUAGGGUCAUUGUCCUGCUGGAAGGUGAACCUCUGUCCCAGUCUCAAAUCUCUGGAAGACAGAAACAGGUUUCCCUCAAGAAUUUCCCUGUAUUUAGCGCCAUCCAUCAUUCCUUAAAUUCUGACCCUGCCGAUGAAAAACAUCCCCACAGCAUGAUGCUGCCACCACCAUGCUUCACUGUGGGGAUGGUGUUCUCUGGGUGAUGAGAGGUGUUGGGUUUGCGCCAGACGUAGCGUUUUCCUUGAUGGGCAAAAAGCUCAAUUUUAGUCUCAUCUGACCAGAGUACCUUCUUCCAUAUGUUUGGGGAGUUUCCCACAUGGCUUUUGGCGAAUACCAAACCUGUUUGCUUAUUUUUUUCUGUAAGCAAUGGCUUUUUUCUGGCCACUCUUCCGUAAAGUCCAGCUCUGUGGAGUGUACGGCUUAAAGUGGUCCUAUGGAUAGAUACUACAAUCUCCGCUGUGGAGCUUUGCAGCUACUUCAGGGUUAUCUUUGGUCUCUUUGUUGCCUCUCUGAUUAAUGCCCUCCUUGCCAGGUCGGUGAGUUUUGGUGAGCGGCCCUCUCUUGGCAGGUUUGUUGUGGUCCCAUACUCUUUCCAUUUUUUAAAUAAUGGAUUCAAUGGUGCUCUGUGGGAUGUUCAAAGUUUCAGAUAUUUUUUUAUAACCCAACCCUGAUCUGUACUCAGUGGCGGCUCCUGAAAAAAUUCUCAGGAGGGGCAAUUUUUCUGAUGAUUUAGGUGACCUACACACAUUUUUAAAAAGAUAUGUCCAGCAACAACAUGAAGACAGGGGCAGCAUAUAAGUCAAUACCAGAAGCAUUUAUUGACUGAUCUCAAAAGUGUUGGCUUACAAAAGCAAAAUAAGUUAUCACAGUAAAAAUAAUCAAGGGUGUUCUUUCACAUUCCUCAACACUGCAUAAACAAUAUGUAUGGCUUUGUAAAAAUGAACAACCAUAUUCUGGCCAAUUGUAUAGAUUUGUAAAUAUGAACAACCAUAUUCUGGCCAAUUGUAUAGAUUUGUAAAAAUGAACAUGAACAGAUUUUUUAUUUUUUUGAAUGGCAGUACCUUUCAAACAUGUCUGCUUGCAGUAAGGUAGCACUCACAAGGUGGCCAGAGAAAGAUAACCUUUCUUUGGUGUGAUCCAGGAUGGUGUUGCAGACCUCUUCAGACAGCCUCUGCUUCUCCUCUUCUCUCAAAGCUGUUCUGGGUCUUUUGGCUCCUGUUGCUUCUUGCAGCUGCUGUUGAGAGGAGUCCCUGAAGGCAAACAGACCAAUGUGUUUGUUGGCUUUGUACAGUAUUGUUGUCUAUGUGAUGCACAGGUAUAUGCAAUGUAUCCAUGUAUAGUACAAAUACUUCAGUUCCACUUAAAAUGGGCAGGGAUGCAUAAAGUCUUUAGUGUUUAAGUUAGCCUUUGUGUCUCACAUAGCCUGGAUGUUCAGCACAGUAUACAGUGGUGCUCAUAAGCUUAUGAUCCCAUGCUAAAGUUGACUAAAAAGAGGAAUAAAAAAGAAAAGAAAAUUGGUGUCCUUAAAGGUUGGAUUUUCAAACUUUUUUAAUUAAGUCAUUAAGAUCAAUUUCCAAAAGAUGAUUUUUUUAUUUUUUUAUUCCUCUUUUUAGUCAGCUUUAGAAUGUGUUCAUACACUUAUGAGCACCACUGUACAGUACACAUAGUAUAUAAAAUAAGAUAGAUUACACCACUGGCCAUAUAUAAUGACAAUAAUGUAAUUUCAAACACAAAUGCAGUCUCCUUUCAUGCAUACAUUUUCAAAUAAAGCUCUGCUUUGAGAAAGAUCGAAUGAUAUUGUUUAAUCUUUAUCUUACCUUAUGGCCUGCACACUGCUUGCGAAGCUGUCGAGGGCACGUUUGAUAAAGACAGCAUCGAUGUCCUUAUUCUGUAGCUUCUGGUACGGUGGGCUGGUCAAAUGAACCCAAUGAACCCGUCCGGAUGGCUUCAAAACAUUCUAUGAGGUCGUCUCGAUUCUCGUAGACAGUGUUCACGACUCUGCUGUUGCUAACCUCAUCGUUGUGGCGGCGGACAGCUAGCCUGUAUCCCUCAUCCAGUUGAGUGGCAAUAUUCACUCUCACCAAAGCAGACAAUCUCAAACAGCUAUCAAUGUGGGUCUUUGACAGCUCAUUUUUCUUAAUCUUUUCUGAAAGAUGGUGCAUGUCGGUUACACCAGUCGCUGUCCAAGCGUUGCUGUCUGCCGUUCAUGGUUACGUUACGUUACGUAUGACGAAAGCGCGUAAGUGCAAGCCCUCAGACACCCAUAGAGAAUGUAUUGAAAGCUCAGAAAUUUGAAAAAAAAAUAUUUUACAUUAGAGGCUAUGAGAGACUUCUGGGCGAUUUUCAACCUGACUGAAAUCGCCCCAAAACGGGCGGGGACAUUUGAAGCACGACUUUAGCCUGAUUGGACAUUUAGUGGCUGGCAGAUCAGACGUGAACACUGAACUACUGUUGCCAUGAUAUAAUUGAUUAGAAAAAAAAUCCCUUCCUUUUCCCGUUUGGCAGUGCGUCGCCCAUAUCGCCCUAUUGAACACACCGCCCAUGUGACUGUACUUCUCCACAACUUUGUCCCUGACCUGUUUGGAGAGCUCCUUGGUCUUAAUGGUGCCGCUUGCUUGGUGGUGCCCCUUGCUUAGUGGUGUUGUAGACUCUGGGGCCUUUCAGAACAGGUGUAUAUAUACUGAGAUCAUGUGACAGUUUGCACACAGGUGGACUUUAUUCAACUAAUUAUGUGACUUCUGAAGGUAAUUGGUUGCACCAGGUCUUAUUUAGGGCUUCAAAGCAAAGGGGGUGAAUACAUGUGCACGCACCACUUUUCCGUUAUUAAUUUUUUUGAAUUUUUUAAAACAAGUUAUUUUGUUCAUUUCACUUCACCAAUUUCGACUAUUUUGUGUAUGUCCAUUACAUGAAAUCCAAAUAAAAAUCAAUUUAAUUACAGGUUGUAAUGCAACAAAAUAGGAAAAACGCCAAGGGGAUGAAUAAUUUUACAAGGCACUGUAUGUAAAUUAGAUAUUUCUGUAUUUCAUUUUCAAUAAAUUACUAAAUAUAUCUAAAAACAUGUUUCCACUUUAUGGGGUAUUGUGUGUAGACGGGUGAGAAAAAAAUCGAAUGAAUCCAUUUUUAAUUCAGCCUGUAACACAACAUUUUUUUGAAUAAGUUAAGGUGUAUGAAUACUUUCUGAAGGCAGUGUGUGUGUGUGCAUGUGUGUGUGUUUUCCCUCUAGGAGCAGACAGUGGUCCUGGAUGAUGGACUAAUGGAGGACCGUUUUGCUGUGAGUGUGAGGAUGAGCUCCUAUCUGGUGGCCUUCAUCGUUUGUGACUUCAGAUCUGUCAGGCAACAACUGCCUCAGGGGUCAAGGUAGGUCUGACUGGGGGCAGGGAUGUGUAUACGGGUAUGUGUACAUGUAUGUAUGUGCAAUGUGUGUGUGUGUGUGUAUGUGUGUGAUUUCAGAACAUCACUGUAAUAAUGUUUCAGGUUUCUGUCUAUGCUGCUCCUGAGAAAUGGCAGCAGACUCAUUAUGCUCUGAAGGCUGCAGUCAAACUACUGGAGUUCUACGAGAAAUACUUCAACAUCAACUACCCACUACCUAAACAAGGUAACUAAAUAUAUAAAUAUCAACUACCCACUAUCCAAACAAGGUAACUAAAUACAGUGCCCUCCACAAUUAUUGGCACCCCUGUUUAAGAUGUGGUCGAGGACUUCCAAAAAUUCUCCUUUUUUUUUUAACAAUAUAGAACCCAAAUGCAAAAAAAGAGAAAAAUCCAACCUUUUAUUUAAGUACAUUACUUUGGUGUAAAAAAAAAAAAUCACACAUUUAGAAAAAAAAAAAACUUAAAAUCAUGUGUCCCACAAUUAUUGGCACCCCUGAUGUUAAUACUUUGUACAACCCCCUUUAGCCAACAAGACAGCACUUAAUCUCCUCCUAUAACAUUUCACAAGAUUGGAGAACACAGAGAGAGGGAUCUUUGACCAUUCUUCUUUGCACAAUCUUUCUAGAUCAUACAGUGUCCUGGGUCCUCUCUUAUGCACUCUCCUCUUUAGCUCGCCCCACAGGUUUUCGAUUGGGUUGAGGUCUGGGGACUGAGAUGGCCAUGGGAGGACCUUGAGUUUGUGACUGCUGAACCAUUUUUGUGUAGAUUUUGCCACAUGUUUUGGAUCAUUAUCCUGCUGAAAGACCCAAUGACGACCCAUCUUCAGCUUUCUGGCAGAGGCCAUCAGGUUUUUAUUUAAAAUGUCCUGGUAGUUCAAAUCGUUCAUAAUGCCAUGCACCCUAACAAGGUUCCCAGGGCCUUUGGAAGAGAAACAGGCCCACAGCAUCACAGAUCCUCCACCAUACUUCACGGUGGGCAUGAGGUGCUUUUCGGCAUACUCAUCUUUUGUUUUACGCCAGACCCACUUAGAGUGUUUGUUGCCAAAAAGCUCAAUCUUAGUCUCAUCUGACCAAAGCACACGAUCCCAGUUGAAGUCCCAGUGCCGCUUAGCAAACUCAAGACGUUUACGUUUGUGAGUGUUAGUGAGAAAAGGCUUUUUCCUUGCAUGCCUCCCAAACAGCUUGUUGGCAUGUAGAGAGCGUCUGAUGGUUGUUUUGGAGACUUUGUGACCCCAAGAUGCCACUCUUUGAUGCAAUUCUGUGACAGUGAGCUUAGGAUUUUUUUUACUUCUCUUACCAUCCUCCUCACUGUGCGUUGUGGCAAGAUAAACUUGGGACCUCUUCCAGCCUUGUUUGUCACUGUUCCAGUUGUUUUAAACUUCUUAAUGAUUCCUCUGACUGUAGAUACGGGCAAGUUAAGGCGAGUGGCUAUUUUCUUGUAGCCAUUGCCUGACUUAUGAAGGUCGACACAAAUCUGCCUUACUUGAAUGGUGUGUUCUCUUGUCUUUGCCAUGUUGACAAAUGGGUAAGAGAAUUAGGCCUCUGUGUCACGUCAUAUUUAUACCCCAGGGAAACAGGAAGUCAUGAAUUACUAAUUAAAAGUUCCUAGAUACCCUGACCAACUUUAGCAACUACAGAAAAAUAUAUUUAAAAAAAAAUCAAUUAAAAUUUUCUGCGGAAUUGUUAGGGGUGCCAAUAAUUGUGGGACACAUGAUUUUCGGACACAUGAAUUUUUUUUUUUGUAAAUGUGUGAUUUUUUUUGUUUUACCACCAAAGUAAUGUACUUAAAUAAAAGGUUGGAUUUUUCUCUUUUUUUGCAUUUGGGUUCUAUGUUGUUUUUAAAAAAAAAUGAGCAUUUUUGGAAGUCCUCGACCACAUCUUAAACAGGGGUGCCAAUAAUAGUGGAGGGCACUGUACAUCAAUAUCAACAACCCACUAUCUAAACAAGGUAACUAAAUACUUCAAUAUCAACUACCCACUACCUAAACAAGGCAACUAUACUGAACAAAAAUAUAAACGCAACAUGUAAAGUGUUGGUCCCAUGUUUCAUGAGCUGAAAUAAAAGAUCCUAGAACUUUUCCAUAUGCACAAAAAGGCGUAUUUCUCUCAAAUUUUGUGCACAAAUUUGUUUACAUCCCUGUUACUGAGCCUUUCUCCUUUGCCAAGAUAAUCCACCCACCUGACAGGUGUGGCAUAUCAAGAAGCUGAUUAAACAGCAUGAUCAUUACACAGGUACACCUUGUGCUGGGGACAGUAAAAGGCCACUUUAAAAUGUGCAGUUUUGUCACACAACACAAUGCCACAGAUGUCUCAAGUUUGAGGGAGCAUGCAAUUGGCAUGCUUACUGCAGGAAUGUCCACCAGAGCUGUUGCCAGAGAAUUUAAUGUUCAUUUAUCUACCAUAUAGUGCCUCCAACGUCGUUUUAGAGAAUUUGUCAGUACGUCCAACCGGUCCAACAAUUUACAUGUUGCGUUUAUAUUUGUAUUCUGUGUAAAUACUUCAAUAUCAACUACCUAAAAAAGGUAACUUAAUACUUAAAUAUCAACUACCCACUACCUAAACAAAGUAACUAAAUACCAGUGAAAGUACUACUUAAGUUGUUUUUUGGGGUAUCUGUACUUUACCCAAACUUUUACUUUUACUUCACUACAUUCCUAAAGAAAAUGAUGUACUUUUUACACCAUACAUUUUCCCUGACACCCAAAAGUACUACAUUUUGAAUGCUUAGCAGGAUAGGAAAAUUGUCUAAUUCACACACUUAUCAAGAGAACACCCCUGGUCAUCCCUACUGCCUCUGAUCUGGCGGACUCACUAAACACAUGCUUCGUUUGUAAAUUAUGUCUGAGUGAUGGAGUGUGCCCCUGGCUAUCCGUAAAUAAAAAAAACAGGAAAAUGAUGCCGUCUGGUUUGGUUUAUAUAAGGAAUUUGAAAUGAUUUAUACUUUUACUUUUACUUUUGAUACUUAAGUAUAUUUUAGCAAUUACAUUUACUUUUGAUACUUAAGUAUAUUUAAAACCAAAUACUUUUAGACUUUUACUCAAGUAGUAUUUUACUGGGAGACUUUCACUUUUACUUGAGUAUGACAAUUGGGUAAUUUUUCACCACUGCUAAAUACAUCAACAUCAACGUUGAUGAUAAAGCAUAAUGCAUAAUGAACAUUUUGGUAGGGGUUGAUACAUCUUUCGUAAUCAAGUCUGACAUUUUAAAGUGGAAAUUACAAACUUCAGAAGCCUUUUUUAAACCUGAAAUACUACAAGUUAUCCUGCAACAGGGUGAUCAAAUUAAGAUCCUACAUCUGUAUCUAUUAUUUUGAAUACUAGACAGUGAAUACAAGUAUUUAAUAUAUUGUAUAGAUCAAUAAAAACAAAGAAGUAUAAUGUGUGUUUCUCCGUUUUAUGUCAUUGGUGUUAUCGCAUUGAAAAUCACUGAUUAUAAAGAUAUCAAAUUCCACAUUUCAAGUUUUAUUAGUCGUAUGUAAGGCAAACACAUGGUAUACACCGUCCAACGAAGUGCUUACUUGCAGGUUCCUUCUCUACAAUGCAACAAUAAGAAAUAAUAAAGGAUAAGAAUAUGAACAUAAAGUUAAAUGGCUCAGUAGAAUAUAAUAAACAUUUUAGCAUCAGUAUAAUACAGGAAGGCAGUAUUUAGCAAUCAUAAUAUGAGUAUGGUAGCAGUUGUGAUGUGUAGCAUGAAUGUAUGUGUGUGUGUGUGGAUGAGUGUAUAUCUGUAUGAGUGUAUGCAUGAGUGAGUACGUGAAUGAGUGCAGAUAUACAAUGACCUUGAGCAUUCUCUCCAGCGGCAAACUUUUAUCAGGGGAGGGAUCUACAGUAUAUUUUAAAAAUGUAUUAGCUAAUCACACCCUUUUAGUAUUUCAUCAAUUUGAGGAUUCAUCCCUCUGAUAAUUUGGUGUGUCUAAAUGUAAAAUGUCACUUUGUGUUAGUCAAUUUAAAUGAAGUGGAAAUAACAUUGUGAGCAAAAUGAUUAAUCACUUCACUUUAGUAAAUGGCUUUUAAAAGAUUGAUGACCUUAGAUUUUAGCAUUCAAGGCCAGCAUUUCAGAAAAUCCUAAUUUAUCUAAAACGUCUCAUUGGUGUUACCAUCAUUGGGGUUACUACUCCUACUGGUGUCACAAUGUUAUCAUAAUGGUAAAAAAUAUUUAAAGUCAUUAAGCUACCAUUUUGGUUGUUUUAGAAUGGGAAGAUGUACCCAAAUACAUUUAAAUAAAUACAAAUCUAGAAAAAAAGAAGUAAAAUUGCCAUGCCCAAAGGCCACCGUAAUUCAAGAAUAACCCAGUUGUUUAAACAAGCAAGGCAAUCAUUCUAAAGUUACUGCCUGCCUCCCCCUCCAGACCUGGUGGCUAUCCCAGACUUUCAGUCGGGAGCAAUGGAAGACUGGGGUCUGAUCACCUUCAGAGAGACCAGCCUGCUCUACGACCCUGCCACCUCCUCAGCCUCCGAUAGGCUCUGGGUUACCAUGGUGAUCGCCCAUGAGCUCGCCCACCAGGUAAGAGUCAGACAGGUUGUUGUGCAGUUCACGGUGUAGAACAGGAAGUAGCCAGUCAUGGCAAGGAGUUAGAUUUUAUGUGAUAUGACUACAAUGACAUGAAGAGGGAUUAACAGUGAUGCUAUGAACCUCUGGAUUCUUCAGGAAGUUUAUCUGCACUGGAACUCCUCUCUUCUCUUGACAUCUCUCAUUGUCUGUCCUCUCCUGUCUGUCUGUCUGUCUGUCUGUCUGUCUGUCUGUCUGUCUGUCUGUCUGUCUGUCUGUCUGUCUGUCUGUCUGUCUGUCUGUCUGUCUGUCUGUCUGUCUGUCUGUCUGUCUGUCUGUCUGUCUGUCAGUCAGUCAGUCAGUCAGUGGUUUGGGAACCUGGUGACCAUGGAGUGGUGGAAUGACAUCUGGCUGAACGAGGGCUUUGCCAGAUACAUGGAGUACAUCUCAGUGGACGCCACAUACCCCGAACUCAGAGUGGUAUGAUCCUGUUACUCACUUGUUGUACACAUCACUAGCCCGAGUUCACAGUAUGAAUGUUUCACCUGAUCUAGACAUGUCCCUGAGUGAAAUUCCUGUUGAAACUGUGCCUUUUUUAAUCUCUUAGGAGGACUAUCUUCUGGACACCUGCUUCGUUGCGAUCUAAACUCCUCUCGCCCCAUCUUCAGUGGCUGAAAGCCCCACACAGAUUAAAGAGAUGUUCGACACAGUAUCCUAUAAUAAGGUAGGCAAACACGCAUAUACACAAGCACACUUUUUCCAUUACAUAGAUUUCAUCAACCCUGUCUUUACUUCAAUUGAGGGAGUUAGGAUGCAUGUCUAAAGUAUUGGAUCAGGCCCCCAGUGUUGAUGUACUUUGUUGUUUGUUCCACCAGGGGGCAUAUGUCCUGCACAUGCUAAGACACUACCUGACUGACCAAGUGUUCCAGAGUGGAAUCAUGCGUUACCUUCGCAGGUACAGCUACAGCAACGCUUGCAACCAGGAACUGUGGGACAGCCUGGCCAACGUGCGUAGAUCGAUCAAAUGAUACAUAAUUUUUUGAUCCCAAUAGGUUGCUUUAGUGUGUAAAUGUGAACUGCUGUGUUGUUUUUCUCAGAUGUGUUCAGAAGAGGAGUUCACCUCUGGAGAACACUGCUACAGCAGCAGCCAGGCAGCUAAGAACGCAGUAAACACACCUCUCUUUACAUAACAGUACAUUACAUUACAAUACCAACAGUCCGACCAUUACAAACAUGUACUCUGUAAACGUCUCACCACUGAAUUAACUGUGUGAUGUUUACCUGUGGGUGUGGUUUUGAUGUGUGUGUGUGUUGUGUGUCAGUACCUGUACGCUGGGGAGCACCUGGACCUGACGACCAUGAUGAACACCUGGACGUUGCAGACAGGUGUGCCCUUGGUAACGGUUGCUAGACAGUGGUCUCGUCUGGUGCUGAAACAGGAGAGGUUCCUGAGGACCACACAUCCCUCUGAUCCAGCAUGGCCUAGCUUGCAGCAGGGGUAAACACACACACACACACACACACACACACACUCACUCUGAUGUUCAUGUGUUGAAGGUGAAUGUGGACAUGGCUGGUUAUUACCUGGUCCACUAUGAUGGUUCAGGCUGGGACGACUUGAUACAACUACUGAAGAACAACCACACAGCUCUCAGCUUCAUGGACAGAACACACCUCAUACACAACGCCUUCCAACUCACCACGUAAGAGACCUAUCUGUGUGUGUGUGUGUCCAUGUGAUUAUGUGAAUAGACAACACAAACACUCUUUUGUUUCUGACGUCAUCCCUCUAUAAUAUUUCUAUAGGGCAGGUCGGCUGUCACUCGAUAAAGCCUUGGACCUUAUUGGCUACCUGCGAUCAGAGAGUCACACCGUGCCCCUCCUCCAAGGAUUGGCCUACCUGGAAGCCUUCUACAGGAUGGUGGAGAGGAUGGACAUACCUGACGUCACACAAAACCUCAGGGUAGGGCACAUACACAAACACAUAAAACAUGAAAUAAUUCUAAAACAUUCUGUUACAUAAAGUUUGAGUUAGGUAUGUGUGUGUGUGGUCUGAUGUCCUCUCUGUGUGUGGUCUGAUGUCCUCUCUGUGUGUGGUCUGAUGUCCUCUCUGUGUGUGUUUUCUGCAGACAUACAUCCUGUGGUAUUUCCGUGGUGUGAUUGACCGUCAGAUGUGGAGCGACAAGGGCUCUGUGUCUGAGAGGCGGCAGAGUUCGGAGCUCCUCUCCCUGGCCUGCCAUCUAGGAGACCUCCCCUGUCUGGAGCAGGCCCAGCGCAGCUUCACACACUGGCUGGACUCCAACAGCACACUCAGGUCUUUCUGUCUGUCUGUCUGUCUGUCUGUCUGUCUGUCUGUCUGUCUGUCUGUCUGUCUGUCUGUCUGUCUGUCUGUCUGUCUGUCAGCUAUUUGAGAGAGUAAUUACAUCCCAUGGACAGCAACAUACAGUACCUUGUUCAAUCCUUGACCCAAUCAAAGGUGCAAACUUUGCCUGACUGCAGAAGUAAACCAUGUCCUGUCUGUGCCUCUCCCUCCACCAGCCUGCCUGCAGUGACAGAGACAGUGUAUUCAGUAGGGGCCCAGGAGGACAGUGGCUGGGCGUCGCUCCUCCACAUAUACACUCUCUCCCUCUCAGAGACACACAAACACAAGAUCCUCUCUGCCCUGGCCAGCAGCAGAGACACAAACAAACUACACAAGUAUGUAUAGUCUUCUAUACUCUGUCAAUUCAAUUCAAUAUAUGACAUUACAUUAAAUUUGUGUGUGUGUGUGUUUCUACCCCAGGUUGUUGGAGCUGGGUCUAGAGGGGAAGGUGAUCCGUACCCAGGACCUGGCCUCCCUCCUCGUCAUGGUAGCCAGGAACCCCAGGGGACAUCAUCUGGCCUGGACCUACGUCCAGAAAUACUGGAGCACCUUGGUGGACAAGUAGGUGGUAGAGAGGGAGGGGGAGAGGCAGGGGGAGUGAGAGGGGGAGGGGGAGAGGAGGGGGAGAGGGAGAAGGAGAGGGUUGGGAGAGAGGGGGAGGAAGAGAGAUGCACAGGGAGAGGGAGAGAGAAACUAACACUCAGGAGGAGAAAUAGGUGGCGUCUAUCCCUGUGCUAGAGAACUGAUAGACAGACAAUGGUAAAAAAAGUAUGUAGUAGUAGGCCAGCAGUCCCAUAGCCUGUGGGCUUUAGCCAACCUGUGAUGUUUCCUCUGAUUUCCACCCUGCAGGUUCCAGUUGGGAUCGUUCUCUAUUAGAAACAUUAUCAUCGGCACCACAGGCCAGUUCUCCUCCACAGAGGAACUCACUGAGGUGAGAUUACUGAUCUGUUAGUGGCAAUAUAAUUUUCAACAACUACACCCUGAACCUAGAAAUGUAAUGUGUCAGUAGCAAUGUAUGAGCGAGGGUGUGUGUGUGUCCCAAAGCCCACGGCCAUGCUUACCAGGUGUGUGUGUUCCCUAGGUGCGUGUAUUCUUUGAGUCGAUCCAUGAGCAGGCGUCUCAGCUGAGAGUCACUCAGGUUGCCAUUGACAACAUCCAGAAGAACAUCCUCUGGAUAGAAAGAAACCUGGGAACUCUGAGGAGCUGGCUGAACCAACGGAUAGACUCAAGAGAGAAAGGGGGAGGGAGGGAGAGAGGGGUGGGGAGAUAG